UUCUCUUCUUAUAAACUCUCUCCUCUCUUCCCCUUUUAUUUUUCUCUCUCUAAAUCUAACUUCUCUCCACACAAAUCUAAAAUAAACCUUCAGUUUACCCAAAAUCUACUACGACCAACUUUCAGGGUUCCAAUUUCUGGACCAAGGGAUAUAUUAUUUAUCUUCCUACUGUUAAAAUAGUGAAAUUUACAGCUGCCAUAAAUUUUAAAGGGACAAGCUUGAAGCUCUAAGGUGAAUUUUUCUUGAUAAGAGACGUGGAUGGACCGUCCUUGGAUUGGGAUCCAAAUAUGUUGAAUUACAGUAUUUUGAUCCUUGAUUGGUAGAGGCUAUAGUAGCGGGCAGUUGAUGGCUUUACCAGUCAACAGCAUUUUUAUCAUAUCACUAAAAUUCUUGGAUUGUCAAACAGUUAUAUAUGGCUGCUGCUGCCGCUGCAAGCGAAAGGUGGAUUGAUGGACUUCAUUUCUCCUCAUUGUUUUGGCCUCCUCCUCAAGAUGUACAACAGCGGAAGGCUCAAACUACUGCGUAUGUUAAGUACUUUGGUCAGUCUACAUCAGAACAAUUUCCUGAAGAUAUAGCUGAGCUCAUACGGAACCGGUAUCCAUCAAAGGAAAACCGACUGUUUGAUGAUGUUUUAGCGACUUUUGUUCUUCAUCACCCAGAGCAUGGGCAUGCUGUAAUUCAUCCAAUUAUUUCAUGCAUCAUUGAUGGUACACUGGAGUAUGAUAAAAGUAGUCCACCUUUUGCUUCUUUUAUAUCGUUGGUUUGCCCAAGCAGUGAGAAUGAAUAUUCUGAACAAUGGGCUCUUGCCUGUGGAGAGAUUUUACGAAUCCUAACACACUACAACCGCCCGAUUUUCAAAGCUGAUCGUCAGGAGAAUCGAGCAGAUAGAAACACCAGCGGAAGCCAUGCUUCAACAAGUAAAUCUACCGACAGUGAACCUGGUGUGCCUUCUAUACAACAUGAGAGAAAACCCCUGAGACCAUUGUCUCCAUGGAUCACUGAUAUAUUGCUUGCUGCACCACUAGGGAUUAGAAGUGAUUACUUCCGUUGGUGUGGUGGUGUAAUGGGAAAGUAUGCUGCUGGAGAACUCAAGCCCCCAUCAAGUGCUGCUUCUCGUGGGUCUGGGAAGCAUCCGCAACUACUGCCUUCAACUCCAAGAUGGGCUGUCGCUAAUGGCGCCGGUGUCAUUUUAAGUGUUUGUGAUGAGGAGGUUGCUCGCUACGAGACUGCUACCCUGACUGCAGCCGCUGUUCCUGCACUUCUGCUUCCACCUCCAACGACACCUAUGGAUGAGCAUCUCGUUGCAGGACUGCCAGCACUUGAGCCAUAUGCACGUUUAUUUCAUCGAUAUUAUGCAAUUGCUAGUCCAAGUGCCACCCAGAGGCUUCUUGUUGGACUUUUAGAAGCUCCACCAUCUUGGGCUCCGGAUGCACUUGAUGCUGCGGUACAACUAGUGGAACUUCUAAGAGCAGCUGAAGAUUAUGCAUCUGGAUUGCGUCUUCCUAGGAAUUGGAUGCAUUUGCAUUUCUUGCGUGCCAUUGGAAUUGCCAUGUCCAUGAGAGCAGGAAUUGCUGCAGAUUCUGCAGCGGCUUUACUUUUCCGAAUACUUUCUCAACCUGCUUUGCUUUUUCCCCCCUUACGGCAAGUUGAAGGAGUUGAAGUUCAAAAUGAACAUGUGGGUGCAGAAGCCACCAUUGAAGCCACAGUUGAUGCCACUGCCCAAGGGAUUGCAUCAAUGCUUUGCGCACAUGGUCCAGAGGUUGAAUGGAGAAUAUGUACCAUCUGGGAAGCUGCCUAUGGCUUGAUUCCUUUAAGUUCAUCUGCGGUUGAUCUCCCCGAAAUUGUAGUUGCUACCCCUCUACAACCACCCAUUCUUUCAUGGAACCUGUAUAUACCCCUCCUUAAGGUUCUAGAGUAUCUUCCUCGUGGGAGUCCAUCGGAAACUUGUCUCAUGAAAAUAUUUGUUGCUACUGUGGAAGCAAUUCUCCAGAGAACGUUCCCACCUGAUUCCUCUAGAGAGGAAAACAGAAAAACCAGAUACGUUUUUGGCUCUGCCUUCAAGAACCUUGCUGUGGCAGAAUUGCGAACCAUGGUUCAUUCGUUGUUCUUGGAGUCAUGUGCCUCUAUAGAGCUUGCGUCUCGUCUUCUUUUCGUUGUCUUAACUGUAUGUGUCAGCCACGAAGCAAAACCAAAUGGGAAUAAAAGGCCUAAAGGUGAAGAUUCUCACCCACCUAGUGAAAUAGGGGUAGACACACUCACAACCAUUGGAGAACAAAAAAAGAUAGGAAGUAAGAAAGUGAAAAGACAAGGACCUGUCGCAGCAUUUGAUUCUUAUGUUCUUGCAGCUGUCUGUGCUCUUUCUUGUGAACUUCAGCUCUUCACUUUGAUUUCAAGAGGGACAAAUCAGCCAGAUCCGAAAAUCAUCAUCAAUGAAGCAAAACCUGCAAAUGAUUCAUCUAUUGAGUUACAAAAUGGCAUUCAUUCUGCCGUCUGUCAUACUCGGAGGAUAUUGGCAAUUUUAGAGGCACUGUUUUCUUUGAAGCCAUCUUCUGUUGGAACUUCAUGGAGUUACAGCUCAAAUGAGAUAGUUGCUGCAGCUAUGGUAGCUGCUCAUAUUUCUGAUCUGUUUAGACGCUCCAAGGCUUGCAUGCGUGCUCUUUCUAGCUUGAUACGGUGUAAGUGGGAUAAUGGAAUUCAUUCCAGGGCAUCUUCACUAUAUAACCUAAUUGAUAUUCAUAGCAAAACUGUCGCAUCAAUUCUCAACAAGGCUGAACCAUUGGAAGCUUUUUUAAUACAUGCACCAGUACUAAAGGAGCGGCCCAGAUGCUUAAAUGGGAAAAAACAUUAUAAAUACACAAGUCGUACAGCAGAACAGCCAUCAGUGCCUCAGUGCAAAGACUCUGAUUGUAAAGCUUCAAUUGUGUGCGGAGAAGGUUCACACUCAAGUGAGGUUGCUGGGUGCACCAUCAGCAAAGUGUUUGCAAAUUUCUCUUUAGAUGCUUCAGAUUUGGCCAAUUUUCUGACAAAGGACAGGCAUAUAGGAUUUAAUUGCAAUGCACAGGAUCUUUUAAAAUCAGUGCUUGCGGAGAAACAAGAAUUAUGUUUUUCUGUUGUCUCAUUGCUCUGGCACAAGUUGAUUGCAUCACCUGAAACCCAACCCAGUGCAGAAAGCACUUCUGGCCAGCAAGGAUGGAGACAGGUGGUCGAUGCACUAUGCAAUGUUGUAUCAGCGUCACCUGGAAAAGCUGCAACAGCCAUUGUUCUUCAGGCUGACAGGGAAUUGCAACCAUGGAUUGCUAAAGAUGAUGAUCUUGGUCAGCAGAUGUGGAGAAUCAACCAACGUAUAGUAAAAUUGAUCGCAGAACUAAUAAGGAAUCAUGAUAUAGCAGAAUCUUUGGUUAUUCUGGCUAGUGCCCCAGACCUCCUUUUACGGGCUACAGAUGGGAUGCUUGUCGAUGGAGAAGCAUGCACCUUACCGCAACUGGAGCUUCUGGAAGUGACAGCUAGAGCAAUUCAACCAGUGCUUGACUGGGGAGAAUCUGGACAGGCAGUGGCUGAUGGCCUCACAAACCUCCUGAAGUGUCGCUUAACAGCCACAGUUCGCUGUGUUUCUCAUCCAAGUGCGCAUGUCCGUGCUCUCAGCACAUCGGUUCUUCGUGCCAUCAUGUAUGCUGGUUCAUUAAAAUCGUCAAGUGCUAAACAAGCAGAUGUAAAUGGUAUCCACAGUCCUGCUUAUCAGUACCUAAGCAUAAGCAUCAUUGAUUGGAAAGCGGAUAUUGAGAAAUGUUUGAUGUGGGAAGCAAAUAGCCGGCUUGAAAAUGGGAUGUCUGCUCAAUUUCUUGAUACUGCUGCUAGGGAAUUAGGCUGUAGUAUAUCAAUCUGAAAACUCACUAUUCUGGGGCCUAUAUUAGGUUUCUUUACUUAUCUUGGUAAAGUCACUUUUUGUUGGGUUGAGGAUGAGGAAAGGACAGAAUGCAAAUGAUAUGUAGUUAGAAAAUGAUAUUUAAAGAGUCCUUUCGGCCAUCCACGAUUGGUGUACAAUGGAAUGUAGAUAGUCCUCCUCUAUUUUUAUGUUUGUUGUAUGUCCAGAAACGAACAUGUUUGUGAAAGAAGUAGAUGUAACAGUGUAUGUUCGAGUGACUUACAAAAGGCUGGCUCAGUUUUAGAAUUUUUCCUCGAGUCGCCUCCAUGUAAUAACACUUUGUUGUACAUUCAGCAAGUAAAUGAUAUUUGGAGUUUUUGUUUUUA